AUGUUGGGUGAGCAUUGCCGCUCAUGCUCUUCCUCUUGUCCAUGCCAAUGCCAAAGUGGUGGUGGUGCUGCUGCAGAUAACGGGUUUCUACUCAACAUGUCACCUAGACUCUCUUCCUAUUUUAAUCCCAUUGUGAAGUUGGAUAGAGCAUUGUCUGAUCAGGAGGCUUCCCUUUGUUGGGACUCCGACAAGGACAAGCCACUCACGUCUUCUGUCUCUUCAAGCGACACUCAGACCACGCCAAAGUCUCGUGUGGAGCUGAAGGAGGAGAUUGCGAUACUUGAGCUUGAAAUAAUGCGUUUGGAGCGCCACCUCCUUUGUCUUUAUAGGACGGCUUUUGAUGGUCAAAUCUCCACUCUCCCAAGUACACCUACAUCCACUUCUUCAGAUCUAUUCCGGAAACACAUUUCAUCACCUUCCGCUUCCAAAUUGUGGGGUUUUGACUCACACUUCUGCAGAGUCAACUCGCUCCAUCAUCCUCAAAAUUCGCCUGCGCAUGCUUGGACCAGUCCCUACCAUCACAGCCCUGUCACCACCCCAAAACCAACACCCACAACUACUACAAGGGGGCAGAAGGUUGCGGGUUCUGGUCAUCGCAGCCUAGCUGAUCACCUUGGUGCUUCUUGCAUUGUCAAUAAUAGCCUUAAAGCUCCAGAUAGACUUUCUGAAGACAUAGUGAGAUGCAUCUCUUCUGUCUAUUGCAAACUCGUCAAUCCUCCACCCGCUCAUGUCACUUCGUCAGCUUCUCCAAAUUCAUCCUUGUCCUCUUCAACUGUAUUUUCUUCUAGGAAUCCUUGCGACAGUUGGAGUCCCCGUUCGCGUCAUGGUUUGAAAGAAGAUGGUACUGGACCGUAUGCUGCCAUGAUAGAAGUUCUCAAGAUACGUUUAGACAGCGACACUUUCAACUAUGCUGCUAAAAUGUUGCAGUAUUUCAGGUCAUUGGUUAGAAAUCUUGAGAAGGUUGAUCCGAGGAAGAUGAAGCGUGAGGAGAAACUCGCAUUUUGGAUCAAUAUUCACAAUGCUCUGGUGAUGCAUGCAUACUUAGCAUAUGGAUCCAAUAAUCGUGUUAAAACUGCCUCCAUAUUUAAGGCAGCGUACAAUGUAGGAGGGCAUUGCAUAAACGCUUAUAUAAUUCAAAGCUCCAUUUUGGGAAUUCGAUCUCACAACUCAGCUCCGUGGCUGCAAACGCUGUUCCCAGGAAGGAAAUUCAAGGCACGGAGCAUUAGGCACGAGUACGCCUUGGAAUACCCCGAGCCACUGGUUCAUUUUGCACUUUGUUCGGGGGAAUAUUUCGAUCCCGCGGUUCGCGCAUACACAGCAAACGGUAUAUUUGGGGAUCUGAAAACUGCCAAGGAAGAGUUCAUUCAAGCAAGUGCCCGUAUAGAGAAGGAAACAAAGAUUUUGUUGCCGAGAGUUUUGUACUAUUUUGCGAAAGACGUGUCGCUGACAAUAGAGGAGUUGUUGGAUGUAAUAGUUGCGAGCUUCUCAGAAUCAGAAGAUGUUGAGAAGAGGGAAAUAAUUAGAAAGUGCAUCGCAUUCGUAUUCGCCAAGGGGAGGCCGCCUAACAAGAAGUGCAUUCACUGGUUGCCUCACACUUCAACGUUUCGCUACUUCAUCCAUCCACAUCUGGCUCCCACAGAUUUCCCAUUUCCCUCAUCUUUCCCUCCACAUCCACAAGAUUGACUGCAUUAUUUUUUUCAUUCUUCUAGUCUAGUCUAGAGAUUAAAAAACAUGACUAAAAAAAAAAAAAAACCUAUUGUACUAAGCAGUUUUGAACCAUCAAAUCAAAUUAG